AUGCCUGUGAUUCCUUCUUUUGAGGAGAUAAAUGCCCAUAUCGAGGCGAUGGAGGAGUUUGUUGCGAGCCACCUUCCAAACGCCCCAGACCUACCUCCAGUACUCUCACAGGUAUGGGGUCGGAUACACGAUGACCUAAUGAGGUUUGGACCUCCUAGUAUGCCAGCUUUUCCCGCGAUCACUGGCAUUCGAGAAGUGUUUGUAGAAGUACCGCCCUCUCCUCAUCCACCAGUGACGAGGGUUCCUGUUGGCCAAAAGGCAUCAUCGUGGUUAUCUAGGAAUAAGUGGUCCGUUCUGGGUGUUGCGUUGGGUAGCGGCUUGCUUGCCGGUUACCUAAUUAGCAACUCUGGCGAUCCAGCCAGAAGCCGGCCUAGGUUCCGCAUUCUCGCACGCAAGAAGAGGCGAACAAACGAUCUUACCAGCGAGAGGCGCGAGAUUAUACUGCUCCUGGGUGCAGAUCAUCCGUUUGGCUUAGGUUUAGCUCGUGACCUUGUCUCGAGAGGUUAUGUUGUCAUUGCAUCGGUGUCUCGGGCUGAGCUAGCAGAUGAACUUGAGUCUCACGGAGCGGGCUUUAUACGUGCCCUAGUUCUUAACCCAGCCGACCCUGCAACUUUAAACCCAUUCCUUAGGGAUAUGCGUGCAACUCUUGGGCUACGAUUCCCCUUAGGUAGUGCAGGAGAUCCAUAUGCUUCACCAUCAUCACACGCCCAUAUCGUGGCUCUGGUAUCUCUCCUAUCCUUGACCACGACUGAUCCCCAAAAUGUGACUGAGCAGGAUGCAACGUCUUUCAUGCCUCUGUCCAGCAUGUCCCUUACCAAAGACUAUCUUCCUCUUUUGAUAUCAUCACACGUUACACCAUUCGGGAUCAUUCAAGGUGUUCUCCCUCAUCUUCGCAAUACCAACAAAUACCUCCCCAAAUCACACCCCAGUGUGGUAAUACUUCAGUCUGUCUACACUCUCGGUCCGGGUCGCAAUGGCGCAGAUGCGAUCGUCACAACCGCCAACACAACCGCACUCGAUGUCUUCCGCCGGGAGUUGCGUGAACAAGGCGUAGACGUAUUCGAACUUGAUAUCGGGAAGAUCGACACGGCUGGCGUCGUACCCUUGGGAAUGAAGAGGAGGGAGGCAGCGCGUAGGGAGCGACAUGCAAGUCAGGUUGGCAGAACUCCGAGUAGUUUCGAAGUCCUUGCAGACGCUGUCGCAGAUGUGGUCGGGGAGCGCGGUGUAAUUCAGUGGUGGCGAGGGUCCAAAAGACCCGUGGGCGCUGGUGGUGAGUUUGAUUGCAUACUUAGUUUGGCAAGUAAUGAACAAGCCCGUAUCUUAGCUCGCACAUACGCACUUGCUUCUCGCCUCCCUACUCGUGUUUUGGACUUCCUAAUUGCACUCCCACACACCUUGGUUGCCAUGCGUAACUCGGGCCCUACAAUAGGAGUACCUCCCGGAAAUAAUAGUACUCAGCCUACUCGCAUCCAGACUGCUCUACCCCCUCAAACGGGUACCGAUUCGACGCAACCCAGUGCCGUAACUCCUGGCUCAAGUGUAUUAUCACAAUCUGCGGAGGCCUCGCCAGCAGAGGAAAUGUAUCACUCCCGCCACUCAUAUAAUGUACCGGCCGGGGAGGUCUGGGGAAGCGUGGGCGAACCUGAGCCUGAUAGUUGGGUUAGUUUGUCUGGAGCAUCGGGGAGAGGAACUCCGUCUCAUUGA